AUGGGAGAAUGUACUUCCAAGGUUUAGACAGAAAAUAUCACAAAUGAAUUAGAUUUUAAUCGAUAUUCAACAUAUUAGAAACUUGAAACAUUAGCAAAUGAUUUUGCUUAGAGUAAGUAUUAAAAUAACAGUAGAUGAAAAAAUUGAUACUACUUAUAAUUCAUUAAUUCAAAGAAUUAUUGCAGCAAAAUAAGAACACAUCUUAAAAUUACUUAGUGUAAUGAAUACCUAAGAAAAAAAAGAAUUUAUGUCUAAAAUAGAAUGGAUAGAUUUUGAGACAGUGGACUCAGUAUCUAUAAUAAUACAAUAAUUUAGUUAUUUUAUCAUUGUUGUAAAUAGACUCAUAUGGAUAUAUUCAAAGGAUAAAUUAAAUUUUGUAAUACUCAAGUUGAUAAGGACCUUGAUCUAAUUAAGGUAAUUAUAUUUAUAAAAUAGUUAGUAACGUAAAGUUGGUUUGAUUUUAUUAUGUGGUGGCAAUAGUUCUCGAUUGCCUAAUAAAAUUCUUAAGGAUAUUGGAUUUCCAUCCAAAAAAUGUAUUUUUUAAAUUAUGAUGGAACGGUUAAAAAAGAUUAUCAUUAUGGGUACUCUAUCAAAUUUAACAAUAAUAAGCCUAAGAAACUACAGAUUUUAGUGGUUUCCCUAUUGGGAUAUUGGUUUCUGAUUAAAAUGCUGCUGCCUUUCAAUAAUACCUUAAAAACAAAAAAGAUUUUGGGUUUCCUUACAUACAUGUAAUUCAGUAAAAGUCACUACCAAUUAUUAAUAAAUAUGGAUAGGUGAUGUUUGAAUAAAAUUAACCUGUUUUAGCACCAAAUGGUACAGGAAGCAUAUUCUUAUAAUUGUCAACAUUUUAAAAGUAAUAUUGUUUUAAUUUAAUAUAAGAAAAUUUCCAAAUAUGUAAUAUAUUCAUUUAUUGGGUUUUGAUAAUUUGGCAGGACUUCCUUUAGAUCCUAUUAUGCUUAAUCUAAUGAAUUAAAAUUAGACAGAUGUAAUUUGUAAAGUAAUCGAAACAAAUUCAACAUAAGAUGAUAGAAUAUUUUAUUAGAAUGGCUAUUUUAAAACAAUGGAAACUUAAGAUUCUAGUAUGACAGAAAAUCCUGAAAAUUUAGCAAAGAUGUGUUUAAAUGACUUGUAUGUAUCUGUUGCUUUUCUAAACAAUUUAAAAUCAAAUCAUGAAAAGUCAAUGAAAUUUUCUUAAAGAUAUCAUGUUAUAAGAAGAGGACCAACAAUCUAAUUUGAAAAACAUAUAUAAGAUAUAAUAGAAAUAGCAAAUUCCACUAUCUUAUAUUAGACAGAAGAUUAUGCUUUAUUAAUUGAUGAUCCAAAAAAGGCAGUGAUUUAACUCUCCAAUGUUCAUAAAAGAUACUUGUAAUUAGAAGGAACUUAAGAUAAUGAAUUAGUUGAAAUUACACCAUAUAUGAGUUAUAGUGGAGAAGACCUUAGGAAAUAAGAAAAUAUCAUAUUCCCUCUGAUUAUAUGA